CACCACUUUAUGACGUUAGUGGCUCAGCCACAGCCAAUGACCGCCAUGAAUCAGCCGACGGCUGCGAUCUGUUCACAGCAAUUGUGAUCACAGUUUCCGCGAGUCCACCAAUCCACAUCGGCAUUAUGAUUGAUUGGAAAAUAAAAAAGGGGUGGAUAAUGUAGCUGAGACUGCAUGAGUCUGGAAUGCCAUCCGGUCUUCACCAAUGUGAUUGAUGGAUUGAUCUAUGGGACAGAUGGGGUGGCCUCUAGAGGGGACAAUGAGGAACAACGAACAAAAACCAAUGUAUCAACACAAUUGUUGUGUGGUCGAGGGGAGCGAGUCCACUUCCAGGGAUCUCUGGCUGAUGCAUCCAGAUGUUCUAGAAUGGCCAAUAGUGCUGACCACUUUGAUCUCGACUCUUCAACUGCUGGUGCCCUGGUGUGGAUGCGCCGGUGUGGAAUUCUGAUACUAAGCGCUGAGAAAAGAUCCGAUCCACUUCUCCUCUGGAAGGCCAAAGGAUUCUUCCCCGGCUUAAGGCUUAUUAGGGCCGUUUCACGUCUCAAAGACGGUUGUACAAAAGGUACUUUCUCAUACAGUGGGCGUAUCGACCAUGUCCGAGCAGCGCCAGUGGCAUCUUAUCAUCCCGGCGCACAUACUCAAAGAGAACAUCGCGGGACGGGUGAUCAUUAG